GUGUUGAUGUUCUCCAAGACGGUCGUAUCAUAUUUGGAGGACUGUAGCGAUAGGAACGGGUUUGCACCAUGCAAGCACAGUGAGACAUGCAUCCGACAAGACCAAGUGUGCGAUGGCAAUAUCGACUGUCCGACCGCCAGCGACGAGAUAUUUGACAGCUGUCAAAAUUCCGAAAGGCCCAUGUUCGCCCUAGCCUUCCAUUGCACCAACAUAGACACAAGAGACAUGUAUCAAGAGAAGCUCUGUCACCCUCUCUGCAAAAUUCAACCCGAAAUCUGUUUCUACGCUAUGAUGACAGUCCAGGAACAACCAGAAGGGACAUGUAAACUACCCGCCUGGCCAGAGCAUGGAAAAUAUGAGCUCACCGAAGGACGAAGUUAUUCCGAGUUUUCAUUAUACUAUGAGUGUGAUGUAGGCUUUGAAUUGUAUGGGAAAAACUAUCCAACAUGUCAUGAUGGUGAAUGGGAGGUGCUGCCUUGGUGUAUAGAAUUAUCGGGUUGGCAACUGGAUGAAGAAGACAUACGAAAAUAAAACAAAAUAUUCCU